AUGGACAAGCUGUGCCAGAGCCUGGGUUGCGACGUGCUACAGAUGACUCUCAAUACAGCGGCUCGUGUUGCCGCUGCUGCUACAGCAGGAGCAGCAGCAACACCACCACCAGCGCCUGCUACCGCAUCCCUGCCAACAGAAACCCUGCGGUUCAUAAUCGAUGAGGCGAUCGCAGUGGCGUGCUUCCUGCUGCACGCGCUCGUGCUGCUGACUCAGGCCGUGACGCUCAACGUGGCCAUCAACUCGCACAACCACAUACUGGUCACUCUCCUGGUGUCGAAUAAUUUUGCCGAAGUGAAGUCGAAUGUGUUCAAGCGCUUCAGCCGGGAGAACAUUCACAAGCUUGCCUGUCUAGACACGGUGGAACGGUUUCAUCUCUCGUGUCAUCUCCUCUUCGUGGUGGUUCAGAACGUGGUGAAGGGGCAGGGCACCUCGCUCUCCUUCUUCAUCCGGAAUGUCUGCACGGUGUGGGGGUGUGAAAUGCUAGUGGACAACCUCAAGCACUCCUUUCUCGCUAAGUUCAACGAGAUCAAGCCCGAAACCUACUCCGACUUCCUGCUCUCGCUCUGCAGACAGGUUCUGGAGGACCGCUGUCACCACGUGCAUCGCAGCAUGAGCUUCGUUCCCCUUGGGCCCGCAUGCAAUGUGAGUUGGGGGGCAUAG